AUUAUAUAUUUUAAAUUGACGAAAUAAAUGUCACGACAAAUUCAAUAAAUCAUUUGACAAAAUAACAAAAAACAGCAAUGACGACAUUUUAAUUAUUUAUUUUGUAAAAAUAUUUUAAUCAAAUAAAAAUUUAGGCCCAAACAGGGAACCAGUUGGUCUGAACUAAAUUUCUAGUGAAAAUGGGGGAUGUCGAUGAAGAUAAAGAUAAUGCAGCUAGUGGGGACGUAGAGGUAGAGAAACCAGAGGUAAUACCACCUCCAGAACCGGAACCCAAGCCACCUGAUGUGGAACUGUUUGUUGAUGGCUUUGGAUUUAUGCCAAAAUCAAAGACGGGUGAUAGGCGACGAUCCAGCCUCUUCGCGAAAUUAAGGUCAACACAUAAAGAUGCCGUUGCCGGUGAAGCUCAUGGUGAGCAAAGCCCAUGCGCGUCGAGCACCAACAUAGAUAUAGUCAGAAGGUACACUUGGAAGACGAAGAAUAGGAUGACAGUUCAGAUUAUAACAUAUGGAGCCACGAUCACUUCUAUUUCGGUUCCUGACAGGAAAGGAGUACCAGAUGACGUCCUCGCAGGUUUCGACACAUUGGAGGACUACUUUCAGCAUCGGAAUCCUUACUUCGGUGCGACAAUAGGGAGAUACGCAAAUGUGAUCAGAGACGCUACCUUCAUGGUCAGACCUUCAGGGAGAAUGUACAUGGUCUCCAAUAACAAGGGGCAUCAUCAUUACAACGGGGGAUACAUUGGAUUUGAUAAGGUAAACUGGCGAUCCUACGUAUCUGGCCUUAAGGUGAUAAUGAGCCACGUAUCGGAGCGGUUCCAUGAAGGGUUUCCUGGGACAGUGAUGUGCCAGGUGACCUUCGAAGUGACCUGUGACAACACACUUAAGAUUGAGAUGAAGUGCACAACUAGCGAGCCUACAGUCAUCAACUUGAGCAACGCGCCAUUCUUCAACCUCGCUGGCCAUCACACCGGAGCUGAACUUAUGUUGGAUCAUAUUUUUACUAUAAAUGCUGACAAAUACACUGCUGUGGAUGAAGAUGGACUCGUUACUGGUGAAAGAAAAGUAGUAGGCGGUACAGCGUAUGACUUCCGUGUGCCUCGAGUCCUCAAAACCAUGAUGUCCAAGAUACCUAUGGGAGGCUACGACAUUAACUACUGCAUCACUCGAGGGACAGAUCAGGAUCUGGCUUUUCAGGCUAGGGCGCUGCACCCAUUAACUGGACGAGUUCUUGAAGUGUACAGCAAUCAGCCUGGUAUGCAAUUCUACACCGGCAACCUCCUCCCGGAUCCAGACAAAAUCGUCGAGCCUGUGCCGGCGACUGAAGAGGCUGAAGAAUCUGAAGCCAGUGAGAUGUCCAGUGAGAGAUCAAGUGUAGAAGGAGAAUAUGAGGAAGGAGAGGAACGCGAGGGUAGAAAGAGUUUCGGCUACGUCCCCUUACUAGGCAAGAAGGGAACUCUGUAUAAACGGCAUGGUUUAUUCUGUCUCAUGCCGCAGAACUACCCAGACGCCGUAAAUAAUAGAAACUUCCCGAGUUCGGUGCUCAAUCCGGGUGAAGAGUACAUUCAUAGAAUACAGUACAAGUUCGGUAUACUACUUGGAAAAUAUGUAUAGGUAAAAUUAUGGUAAAAAUGGAAAAUUGUCUAACUAUGUAUACGUCAUUGAUGUGGUCUUACGUGUCGUCAUAUUGUCUAAAUUGUAUAUAAAAUAUACACUAUAUACAAAGUUAAA